AUGAUAUAUACAAAUAAAGGUGAAAUUGUAAAGAAGAUUUUUAAGCUUGAAAAAAUCAGAGUUUUAGGCCUCGACAUCGGCAGCACAUUUAUUGGCAUUGGAGAGACCAGCAGUUUAUUUAAAAAAGACUCAGUCAAGCCUAUCACCACUCUCAAUAGAAAAAAUCCUAAAUUUACCUCCUUGCUUCUAGAUAUCGCCAAAGACGCUAACGCAAUUAUUGUGGGCUGACCCUUAGACGACCAAUUACGCGAACCACCAAACGUAAAAAACAUCAAAAACAUCUCCGCCUUUUUAUUUCAAAAUAAUUUCCUCCUAGGAAGAGUCAGCGAACGACUAACUUCUCAUGAAGCAAACUCAAUCCUAAGCCAGGCAGAUUGAAAAUUAUGCCUAAAUAAAAAGCUAAACGACCAAGUUGCAGCCUGCUUAAUCCUCCAUAAUUUUAUUGACUAUGCAAAAUUUUACGCAGAAUCAAAUAAUUUGCAAAUUAAAAAUAAAGAAUAA